UCGGUUUUCGUCCGACGCCGGCGCGCCUCCGAGGCCCCACGCAAAAGCCCCGCAUCCACCCGCUUCGCGCUCUCGCUCUCCUCCCGAAAUGUUUUAUUUAACAUGCUGUACCGGAAGGAGAAGCCAUCUUCCCUCUCCUCAGCCCUGAGCCGCCGCCACCACCGCUGCCAUUCGGGCUGUCGUGCGCCCCAGCCCCCGGAUCUCGGGGGCGGUGGGAGGAGAGGCGUGGGGAAUCGGCUGGCAACCCCGGACGGCUGGGGGGCGCCCUGAGACAGAAGCCUAGUGCCCGCCGGGGCCGGCUACAUAAUAAAGAGCCGAGGGGAAGAGGGCUCUGUCUGCACCUCAGACGCUUGCCGGAGCCUCCCUUUCCCUGCGCACGCACGCACGGUCCCCGAUCCCGGCAGGAGAGGGUGGAAGCGGCCGCCUGCCGGCGCAGGGGGAAGACCACCACCAGCUCGAGCGCGCAGGGAUGCGGCUCCUCCAGCCCGGCGGCGCGGCUGCAGUUGAGGCUGCAGCAGGGAGCGGAGCUACCGGUAGCGCUGCAGACAAAAGAACCGCCUGCGCCUGCUGCUGCCCAGCCAGCUCCCGAGGGGAGGAGGAGGAGGAGGAGAAGAAGAAGAGAGGGCCCUGUCGCUGGGGCUGCAGGUCCUGAAGCGGAGGAGCCGCCUCCCCGCCGCUCCGGCGGCCGGCACUAAAGGGAAGCUCGGGAAGAAGAGGCGCAGCCCGCCGUUGCAGCGCGUCUGCUGAAUCCUCCUCUUCCCCCUCCUCCUGCCUUCCUCCCUCCCUUCCUCCCUCCCUCUCCGGAUCCUCCGCGUAGCCGACUGCAGGCCCUGACCGCCGGAAAGCUCUCCCUUGGCUCGCCUCGCUUUACAAUGGCCCGAGGAAAUCCGGACGCCGGCCUCCCGCGGAGGGUCCUGGAGGGACUUUUGCAGCGCGCCGAAUCCUAGCGGAGAGCAAACCCCGCUUUCCCCCCCCCCCCCAGCUUCGGAAAGAGGGGGAGCGCGGCUUCUGUCCCAGCCUAGCAGUCCUCCCGCAACACCUGGACCUCGCGCCGGGACGACUGCCCAACUCCCCCCACCCCUCACCCCUUUCCCGCCCCGAUCGCCCACCCCGGCGGGACCCGGAGUUGUAGAAUUCCGACCUCUCGAUUGAACCCUUCGCCGUCCGCGCCCAAAGCCCUUUCUCUCCGUCAUAGCGGGCUGCAACCUCCCCCUCCCCAUUUCCUCCUGCCCUUCAUCCAUCUCUGCCCCCCUCCCUCCCCGACACCUGUAAACGCGCAGCUUGCCUUUCCCAUUCGCGGCGAGAUGUGGGCUGCGAGUCUCGCUCCUUCCGUCCCCCCGUCUUCCACCUGCCGGGCGCUUUCCCGAUCUUCUCCGUCCCCCGAUGCUAGGCAGGAGGGGCACAGCUAGACGGCGGCGUCCCGCACCCCACCUCUCCGUGGCUCUCUUCCCCCCUCCCCAUCCCGAAAGGUACACGCUGCUGCCGCCGUCGGAAAAAAAGGUAAAUGAUGUUCAAGUACCGGAUCCGCAUGUUUUUCAACGAGCUGAAGCUGCUGGUGUUGAUGCGGCGGGGCCGCCCGGAGCCCGAGCCUGGAGCUGGGGGAAGCCGGGGAGCGCUGGGCGGCAGUGGCUGCGGAUGGCCGCCCUUCGCCGAUUGCUCGGUCCAGCAGGACGAUGAAGCGGAGUAUUACGGCGGGGGAGGCGCCGAGACCCGGCCCCGGAGCCUGGCUUUGGAGGAGAAGGACCCUCGCCUUCAGCCUCCGGGGCACCAGCCGGGGCAUCAACCCACCGCGGGUGGGGCCGGAGGAGCUUUGGACUCAGUAUCGCUCAGCAGCAGCUUGGAUAGUGGGAUGAGGACCCCGCAGUGCCGGAUUUGCUUCCAGGGACCAGAGCAGGGGGAGCUGCUCAGCCCCUGUCGCUGUGAUGGUUCCGUCCGCUGCACCCACCAGCCUUGCUUGAUUCGCUGGAUCAGUGAGAGGGGCUCCUGGAGCUGUGAGCUGUGCUACUUCAAGUACCAGGUCUUAGCCAUUAGCACAAAGAAUCCGUUGCAGUGGCAGGCAAUUUCCCUGACGGUGAUUGAAAAGGUGCAAAUUGCAGCCAUCAUCCUGGGUUCCCUCUUCCUCAUUGCCAGCAUCUCCUGGCUGAUUUGGUCGUCACUCAGUCCCUCGGCCAAGUGGCAGCGACAGGACCUGCUCUUCCAGAUCUGCUAUGGGAUGUAUGGUUUUAUGGAUAUCGUCUGCAUAGGCCUGAUCACUCACGAAGGCUCCUCGGUGUAUCGAAUAUUCAAGCGCUGGCAGGCAGUGAACCAGCAGUGGAAGGUGCUGAAUUACGACAAAGCCAAGGACCUGGGGGAACCCCUCGGUGGGAGCACAAAGACAGGGGGGCGGAAUUCACGGACGAAUCCCUCCUCAGGGAGUGAGAGGACCUCCCAGCGGGGCCAGCGGGUUAGGACUAUUUUGAACCAUCACUGUGGUUAUACAAUUCUGCACAUUCUCAGUCACCUGCGGCCUAAUGAACAUCGCGGGGGCUCCGGUUCCGGCCGCGAAGUGGUCAUGAGGGUGACGACCGUAUAAUAACUGCUUAGGGAGCUUUUGUCAAGAGGGAGAGGCCCUGCAGAUCCGAUGGAAGGAAGACACCGAUGCCCUUGCUUCCACACAAAGGCUCCGUUUUGAGCCCCUACGGGGUUGGCCACACAUUGAAUACUGUCUGAUGAAGAAGGCACCCGGCUCUGUGGUGUUGCCACAGACCCCACCCAAGCCUUCCUUGUAAGGGAGGAGCGCCUCAAUGUGGUUUCCUCUUCCUGAUCUCCCAUCAAUGUGAAUUCUUUUCCUUUCCAUCCAGGCCUGUGAUAAAAGGAGAAAUAACCCAGCCCUCCCCCCCACCCUGGCCCAGCCCUCCUGACGCCACCUCCCUGGCUUCUCUUGUUAUGAUUAAACUCUUUGGAAGUUGGGUGGGCUUUUAAUUUAUUUAAUUUAUUUAAUUUAUUUUUUUUUAAAUGGCCCCUUGCUGGAUCCCUUUCUGGACAAGUCUUGGCGCCAACCCAUCCAGAAAUUUGGAAACAUUUUUACCUCAUCUUUCAAAGGAAAACCUGCCAGAAGAACCACGCCUUGCCACCCUCAUCCUGUUGCUCUCUUUCUCUCUGACCAGGAGAUGCCAACCAGAGAGGCUCUGAACUUUGACCAUCCCCUCCCGAAAAAAAAUAAAUUUGAAAAAUGGUGCAAUAAACAUGUUUCUUAAAGCAAAA